UGUCUAUCUCGCUUCUAUAUCAGUCUCAAGAACCCUCCAAACAGCUUUCUACUCAACGCUUCAACACACUCACCACAAACCACCACGAUGUCCACCCAACAGACCGCCCCAACCCUCUACCUCGAAACGAACGGCCAUAAAUAUGCCUACCGCUACUUCGGUCCCGCCUCCUCCCCUCAUCCGCCCCUCAUGUUCCUUCAGCACUUCCGUGGAACAAUGGACCAUUGGGACCCAGAACUGAUCAACCCUCUCGCCAUCCACCGGCCCAUCCUUCUUUUCGACAACGCCGGCGUCGGUAAGUCCUCUGGCAUUGUGGCUGACUCAUUCUCCGGCUGGGCUGCCCAUGUUGUCGCUUUCCUCGACGCCUUCCUCCCCACAAUCAACCGCACAAAUGUCGACCUUCUCGGCUUCAGCAUGGGCGGCAUGGCGGCGCAAAUGGUCGCGCUGGACACACCACGCUUGGUGCGGAAGCUCGUGCUCGCCGGCACCGGGGUUAGCUGGGGGCCGGAUGUGGAGGGGGGGGACUCCUCAAAUGUCAUGCUUCUCGCCUCGGCGGUGACGGAUGCGGAGGAGAAGGCCGCAUUUUUGAAGACUUUCUAUUCGCCCAGUGCUGAGAAGCAGGCGAGGGGUGCACAGUGGUGGGAGAGGAUGAACCAGCGUCAGCUGGACGGCCGGUCGCCGUAUGUCGAUGUAGAGGGCUCGCAGCGCCAACUCGCGGCCGUGGGGAAAUGGCUCAACCCUGAGACUGACCCUAGCGAAGCGAGCUACACGCGUCUAGGACAACUGACGAUACCGGUGUUGGUAGCUAAUGGGGACAAUGAUGUGCUCAUUCCAUCGCACAACAGCUGGGUCCUUUCGCAGAGGAUCAAGACCGCCACCCUGAUCAUCUAUCCGGAUGUUGGACACGGAUUUCUCAAUGAACAAGCUGAGAUGUUCGGCAAGCACGUGGAGUUGUUCUUAGACUCUAAGCAGGUGUAACGUUUUGAGCGGAGAGCAGUACUGUGAGAAUCCUUUUUGAUUUGGCGGAAGAUCUCCAACAAGAAACACGUAGCACCCUAGCUGACGCAAUUUUCUAGACCACUGCUAAGCACUUCAAUAUGAAGAACAGUUCCCAGGACGGGG